UUUCUGCAAAAGGAGACGCUCCCUUUUUAUAUUUUGCCUUUCCCCUGCCGUUCCCGUCCCGUGGUCUCUCGCUCUCGCAUCAGCCAACAACACUUCCCCGCAAACUCCUUCCACGGCGAGUCACCUCACUUCACCCCGUUAAUCCCCAGCGAAGAAGCGCAGUACUUAGCACACUUAGCAAUGGCGGCUACUUAUCAAACUGGCCUUGUGGCUGAGCCAAAAUUGCUGAAUACUGAAAUUAUCACUCAGAGGGCCACCAACUUUGUUCCUGACGCUAACAGAAAAGACAAAUGCAUUGGCUACUUGGAUGUGUUUGUACACCAGGCACGCGAUAUCCACAAUGUUUGUAUCUAUCACAAGCAGGAUGUGUAUGCAAAGCUGUGCCUCACGAGCAGCCCUGAUGUUUCAUGCUCAACCAAGGUGAUCAACAGUGCUGGGCGCAACCCGGUAUUUGAGGAAGGCCUACGGCUUGAUGUGCAAACUGUGGAUGCUUCGCUCAAGUGCGAGAUAUGGAUGUUAAGCAGAGUGAGGAACUACCUGGAAGAUCAGCUCCUUGGCUUUGCCCUUGUUCCUCUGGCAGACAUUGUAAUGGGUGAUGGAAAGCUGGUCCAGGAGUUCUCGUUGACAUCCACUGACCUGUUCCACACACCAGCUGGAUUUGUGCAGCUGUCCUUGUCAUAUGCUGGUUGUUCCCCAGAUGUUAUCCUCAUCUCAUCACCCAAUAAGUCCCCGUCAGGAGUGGAUGAUUCUGGAAAUGAUCAUGCCGUUCCUUCGGAGCUUGAAAAUGUUGUGUUCCCAGACCUGAAUGUGGCGAAGGAAGAUGAGAUUAUGGUUUCAAAGUAUCUCGAGAUGGGGUCUUUGGACUCUGAAAACCCUAUAAAAGUUGAGAAUGGCAUGUCGCUGCAUUCUGGAAAUGAUGAUGAUGUUCCUUCUGAGAACCCUGCAAAAGCUGAAAAUGGCAAGUUGCCACGAUUUGGUGGAGCUGUGCCUGGUACUGCAAUAUGUGCAGAUAAGGUUGAGGAACACCGCGAUGAAAGCCCUCUAAGUUGUGUCUCAACCACAGGCUCCUCCACUACCCUUUCUGCAACACAGCAAUCAGUUUCUGAGCCAAAUUCUGAACCUUCAGAGACCAGUAUCGAGGCAUCCCCAAGACAAUGCCAUGGAGAGAAAAGCCAAGAUGUUACAGAUGGUGAGGCUGAUUCUUCUGAAACACCACCCAAGGAUGAAGUUAUCAAGCCUGUGAUCAGCAUUAACCUUCAGCCAGAGCAGUCAGUUGUCCAACAGGACAUAGUUGACAUGUACAUGAAGAGCAUGCAACAGUUCACAGAAUCUCUUGCAAAAAUGAAACUUCCAUUGGACGUUGAGAAUAGUAGUCCCUCAAACGAAGAUUCCUACUCCAGUACAAUUGAGAAGACAUCGCCAUCCCCAUCUUCAGCAGCAGCAAAGGGUUCUAGGGUCUUUUAUGGAAGCAGGGCCUUUUUUUAAGUUUCUCAUGCAAAGUAGUGCACUAGCUUGUUAUCUCAUAUAUACAUAUACAUGGUCCAGGUUUGUCAAAUAUCGGCUGUCAUGUAAUCACAAACUUUCUGUCUCUAUAAUAUGCUUCUAGGACUCACACUUGGUAUUGCUAAUAGUGUUAUGCUCUGUUAGAAGAUAAUAAUUUCAGAAUAAUCUCAUCUCAUAGUUGUAGAUUAAUCCCCUGUACUAAUACAUAUCAAUGAAUAUAAUGUCAUGAAAUCAGUUCUGACUCAAGUAUUGUGUUGUGUUUAUCAGAAAGGCUGCGUGAGCAUUCAUUUGAAAAGGUUCUACGGAUUGUCUGUUUAUCCAAAUCUCCUCUUAGCUAAUAUGAGCUCUCAAUCUGCUCUUGCCAAUUUUUAACUUGUCAUGAGCUGUUGUCAAGGUGAAUCAUAUUCUGCUUCUCAGAAAUAGGCAGCGGCACGACCGUGACAGAGCACUAGAGCAGCAAUGGCUGUUAGGUGAAACAUUCUAUUUUCGUCAAGAGAAGCUGGAAGCUGCGAUUGUUUGCUUGUAAUAAUUACAUUGCAACUUUAAAAAGAUGGUGCUAAGUGAUAACGUGGUAUCACGGGCACUUGUUUUUAGUGGCUCAAGUUCUGGUUUGAAGUGGAAGUCGCAUUUGAGAAACUAGUAGCUUGAUGCAGGUGGUCAGUAUCUUAUAGCUACAUGAGGCAACAGCUGCCUGGAAACUGACAGAAAAUUUGUAUCGCUUAAUAUAUGAUCCCUUUUUAUGA